UUUACUCGUUCGUAAACAAGAUUUUGCAUUCUCUUUAUUAUUUAUCGGGCAUUCCUUUUUGGCUUUCAUAUUUGUUUUAUUGGGGACGUCUUUAAUUUUGGUUUCCACGCGCUCAUUUACUUUGGGGACAGCAUUGGCACAUUGGACUGUUUCCGUUGUGUAUGGAGUAUAUAUUAUGUCACAGAUACUAUUUCUACGUAAUGCCCAAUAUGUUAGGCGAAUUGUUUUCAAUAAAAUAAUUGGAUGUUCGUACCAUGGGAAAGUAAGGGAAAGAAAUGACGGCAACAGUAGUUUGCAGGUAGGGAGUCAAGAAAAUAGAUCUUCCCAACUGUCAAACGAUGUACGACCCUUAGGAGAAAAAAUUAAAGAAACUACAAAGACGGCUAGCUAUACGGCAGUUAUACUUGCUGGAAUCGGUGUGACGGCCGUUAUGUUUUGGGCCAUAUUCCGUGAAUUGUUCUCGAGUACGAGCCCAAAUAACAUUUAUUCUGACGCAUUGGAGAGAGUAAAAGAGGAUAUUCGCGUGCAAGACGCUAUCGGUGCACCAAUAAAAGGUUAUGGGGAGGAAUCCAGGCGUGGUAGGCGACAGCAUGUUAUGCACACUGUAUUUGAACGAAAUGGAGUACCUCAUGUACGGAUGAAAUUCUAUGUGCAAGGUCUGCGAAACAAAGGAACUGUUCACUUGGAAAGCAAAGAGAAUACGCAAGGCAAAAUGAUGUAUCGCUAUUUAUUUGUCCAAUUGGAUCAUUAUCCAAACACAACCAUUGUACUGGAGGAUAAUCGCGCUUUUGACAACUCAUCAUCCCCACCAACAACACCUGAGUUAAACGUAAACCAAUCUUUAGUGGGGGGAUCCAGUCUCUCCUUUGCCUCAUUUGAAAGCAAGAAGUGACUAAAAAAAUUCUAUACCAAAAGUGUUGCUUUUAUACCCAAAGUCAAAUAUUUGUAAUGUGGAGAAUAUAGAGUGUUGCAUUCAGAAUUUAUCCAA